AUGAUACGGCGGCAUUAUGCAUCAUCCAAGCUGAUACCAACAAUUUUAUGGGUACUUUUUGCGCUUUCCAACAUUCAGCUUUCAAUAUCCUCGUCUUCUUCAAUAUCACCAUUGACGAGCAUAAUAUCACCUAAAAAUGAGCCAGCUGAAAAACCCAAGAAGCGAACGAUCGUUUCUGGGUUUGGAUCACAUCAUACCAAGCAUUCCAUAUUUGCUUCACCAACCCGCGGCAGCACGGAAAGCAAGACGAUAAGUACCAAAAAGGCAAACAAAAGGCAACAAGGCAAAGAAUCGUCAAUAAUAGGGGCGGACUUUGAUUUCAGCAGCAAUUCACUGCUGGUCUACAAACAAGACAAGGAAAAUUCCAGUGAGAAGGAUGGUGAUGUGGAUCACCACCAUCCUAAUGCUGCAGACUCGAUUGUGUGGUUGAUGGAUCCCCACACAAAUCAAAGAGUAUGCAUAUGGGUCAAUGAAGAAGGCGAUUGGAUGGCCGAGCUAGUAGAGGAGGGUAAUAGCAGUAUCCCAAUGACGAUUCCGCCACAGCCAAAACCACCAACGUCGUCGUCCGAAAUGAAUGGUUGGGUACCAGUCGAAGGAAUAUAUGGAUUCUACAAGGUUCCUACAGGAAUCUUACUGGUCUUAAUUGCCAAGACCCGGAAUGUCUUUGAUGCACCACCCUUGCGAACCAUUCAAAAUUGGUGGAAGAUUGACAAGGUGCAGCAAUUGGAGGUGGUCCACUUGUCCAAUUCCAAAGCACAACAAGAACUGUCACCAAUUCAAAUCAAGGAAGAAAUACGGCAAUUGCGAUUAUUGCGAAAGGCCUGGAAGCAACACGAUUUCUAUUGUUGUCAGAAUAAUAAGAGUAUGGUGAAUGACAAUGAGGAGGAGCGAAGAGGAGACCAAGAGGACUCUUUGGCAAUCUGUUCCAAGAAUCCACCCAUUGUUCGCGACAUGACCAAAUCCUUGCAGUCGUCCUUUUUGGUACACCACCAACAACAGCAGCAGCAACGAGAAAGAAAGCGAUCACGAAAAUCCGAUUCCGAGCCGCAUUGGUGGACGGCCAAUCCCGACCCUCGCUUCUUUUGGAAUCAAUUGGCGGUCGAACCGAUAUUGGCCAAAUGCAAUUUUGAAGAAUUCGAGCAAGAUCCAAGUCGGAUGGAUCCUUGCAUUUACUUUUUAUUGGACCAUACCAUUCCUGUGACUUCGGCCUUUGUGGGAAUUCAAUCCGAUAUUACCUGUGGCAGUACAAACGACGAUGACAACGACGAGGAAAAAUCGAAGUCUCCACGCUGCACAUAUACCCAACUUUUGAUCAGUCGGCGGAGUCGCUUUCGAGCUGGGACACGCUUCACCCGACGAGGCGCCGAUUCCAAUGGUGCUGUGGCAAACUAUGUGGAAACAGAGCAAGUACUUCUCUUAAAGUCCCAACAAAAUGAAACUGACGGCACCACUAUUGACAGGAUUGCCUCUCAUGUCCAAACCCGUGGCAGUAUCCCAAUUCGAUGGUCCAGUCCAGCCGAUGUCAAGACGUAUCGUCCCAAAGUCCACAUUGGAACCGAUCCAUUGGCCCAAGCCCGGGCCUUAAGAUGGCACUUGUUGGAACAACAGGCCCAUUAUGUGCUACAGGAAGGAAGAAAGGGCAAACCCAACAACAGCAACAGCAACAGCAACAACCACCAAAAAGCAAAAGAUGAGAAUAAUGAGUCCGAAAUGGUCUUUGUGAAUCUGGUCGACAAACAGAGCGACCAAGGUCGAUUGGGAAAAGCCUUUGAUGAAGUCCUUCAAGCAGUGUUGGAAAUCCAUAGUAGUAGUAGUAGUAGUAGCAGCAGCACCAAUAGUAGUAGUACUACUGCUGCAAAAGGAAUCAAGGCCCCCUUGGUCAAGCACGUUUGGUAUGACUUUCAUGCCGAAGUCAAGAAUGGAAAAUGGGAUCGUUUGAGUAUUCUGCUGAAAGAUUUGGAACCAUAUUUGAUGGCGCACAACUACUUCGUGGUUUCUACUACCGGCACUACUACAAAAAAUGACAAGGACAAGAAGAAGAACAACAAGAAGAAGAAUACAAAUAUUGGAUACCAAAUUGAGUCCAAACAAACUUCCGUCGUCCGGACCAACUGCAUGGAUUGUUUGGAUCGAACCAAUGUGGUCCAGAGCAUCUUGGGACGCUACGUCUUGUUUGAUCAGUUACUGGGAGCCAACAAUAACACGCAAACGAAAAAAGAAAAGAAGCAGCUUCAAAAGCAAUUUCGAAAAUCCAAACAAUUGUCCUUGCCCUGGCCCCAAUCCGAAAUAAACCAUCGUGCCUUGUGGGCUGACAAUGCCGAUGAGAUUAGUCGCUUGUACGCUGGGACAAAUGCCUUGAAACGUGACUUUACAAGAACUGGCCAACGGACCAAACUGGGAGCCUUGGACGAUGGUAUGAAUUCGCUGCAGCGAUACUAUUUGAAUAAUUUCAUGGAUGCCGACCGACAAGAAGGAAUGGAUCUCAUGGUGGGAUAUGCUAGUUUUACUACGAAUGGAGAAUCAUCGUCAAGCCACAAGGAUAGUGGUGCAGACAACGACGACGACCCAGACAAGGAAGAAGGCAACAUUUUUGCGACGCGUCGGUCCUUUUUGGGUGGUCUAUUUCAGCCACAUCCAUCUCUGUUGCCAGGUACUAUUGGUGGUGAGACAGGAGAUGAUAAUGUUGACCACGACCAACAAGAAGAAGAAGAUGACGAACAGGAUGCUUUGGACUUGCGGUGGGUUCCAGGAGACUUGCAAGAACACUUGAGAAGUCGUGCCAAGUCCGAGAGGACUUCCACCACAACCACCACCACAGCUGGUACCAAACUGAAGUUUGGCUUUUCAUCGACCCGCGCCUUGAAAGCCAUGGACGAUCGUUCUACUUCGGACCUUCCUUGGUGGUCUUUGGUGGAGGAUGCUGAGGAGGCUUCUACUACUACUGAAUCAAAAUCAUCGUCUUCUACUGUUGCUACAACAAAUACCGAUUCCAAUGAUUCCAACAACAACAGCUGGCUCAUGGUCGAGAAAUUGGCACCCCACCAACGACAUCCCACCGUGACGCGGACCAAUGUCUUGAGCAUUUUGUUCAUUGGCUUGAAAGCUCCCAUGACCGUGGCAAUGGGAAUGUCCUUGUUCUUGGGUGUGCUAUAUUUCCAAGAUAUUUGGAGGCACGAUUGGAAUCUGGUGGAGCGUAUGGCAACGAAAAUGAUCGAUUCUUGGAGCAAUAGACAAGACCAAGAUGGGGACGAAUACAGUGUCGAAAAUGACGACGACGAGGAGGAGUAUGACUGGAGCGAUGAUGAAGAUGAUCAAGAGGAAGAAGAGGAGUAG